AUGGCGAACAAGUCAAUCCCAAAGCCUUCGAUGCCCCAGCCUUCCGUAUCCGUGAAAGCAGCAGAACCUAUCACACGAGAGAAAGGGAGCAACAAGGAACAACCAUCCCGAAGAAGAAGAAGAAGAAGAAGAAGACUAAGAGUGCAGGUCUCCAAAAUGACUCAGGCUCCAAAAAUUCCUCCACUUACUCCAAAGUUCCUCAAAACCUUCCUCUACACCCAACAUACACCUGACUCGCAGCACACCUCAACGUCCCAUCAAAUGGCGAACAAGUCAAUCCCAAAGCCUUCGAUGCCCCAGCCUUCCAUAUCCGUGAAAGCAGCAGAACCUAUCACACGAGAGAAAGGGAGCAACAAGGAACAACCAUCCCAAAGAAGAAGAAGAAGAAGAAGAAGAAGACUAAGAGUGCAGGUCUCCGGCGUGAGCUUGCAAAAUUGCACCGCGGGGCCAUUCGCCAGCGGUAAUGGCGGCGGUGCGAGCCGGCAACGGUUACUGGAGCUGUCCCAUGGUCUAGGAGCUCUCAGGCACUACAACGACCUGGCCAACCACGUGCUGUCGCUGAAUCAACAGGGCGCGGUCGUCACGAAACUUUUGGGUACGCUACGCCCGCCGGGCUUAAUCGGUGGCAGCAAGCCAAAAGUCGCGACGCCGGCCGUCGUCGCCAAGAUCGAGCAGUACAAGAGAGAGAACCCGACCAUCUUCGCGUGGGAGAUUCGGGAGAGGCUCAUCUCCGAGGGCGUGUGCAGCAACGCGACGGCGCCAUCGGUGAGCAGCAUCAACCGGAUCCUGCGGAACAGAGCCGCGGAGCGUGCCGCCGCGGAAUUCGCGAGGGCCGCCGGUUACGGGCUCUACGCAGCGGGUCCACACCCGUACUUCAACAGCGCGCACCAGCAUCCGACGACCAGCCACCAUCUGCAGGCGGGCUGGCCGGCACCGGGGGCGGCGGGUCACCCUUGGAUGUUGCCGCCGCUGGCUACCGGGAUCACCGGCGCGGCUUCCGCGCUCCUGCUGCCCCCGUCCUUGAGCCCGGGAGCCGCAGCAGCCGCGGCCGCGGCCGCCUCCGCGUCGGCUGCCGGCACCGCGGACCACUCCUUACACGCCGACGCGAUCGCUCGGGGAUACCUGCAAGACGGCGACGGCGACGACGGCAGCCUGGACGGCUCGGAGCAGCCCAAGUUCCGGCGGAACCGCACCACCUUCAGCCCGGAACAGCUGGAGGAGCUCGAGAAGGAGUUCGAGAGGUCCCACUAUCCGUGCGUGUCGACGCGCGAGCGGCUCGCCUCCAAAACUUCCCUCUCGGAGGCUCGUGUACAGGUUUGGUUUUCCAACAGACGGGCAAAGUGGCGUCGUCACCAGCGCAUGAACCUCUUAAAGCGUUCGCCACCGCCGCCACCGCCACCACCGCCACCACCGCCGCCACCGCCGCAGCCGCAGCAGCAGCCGCAGCAGCAACCGCAUUCCGCAUCCGGUAUGGAAAUAAGCCGUACGUCAAGCUGCUCGAUCGCCGGCAUGGGCGGCGAAAGUAGCGCGUUCCGCGCGGUCGUCGCCAAUUCCUCCGCCCGGGAGCCGUCCGAGAGGACCUCGGAGAGGAUCGACAGGGUCGAGCAACCGAUCGCGAAGCAGCCGGAGAGGAAGCCCAGCGCGUUCAGGAUGAUCAGCCAGUUGGUUGGCGAGGAUUCGCCGACGGUGCCCAGGCCGUCCAGCCCGGCCUACGAGCAGCAGAGGCACGCCGCCAAUUCCGGCCCGGGGAUCGGCUCCGAGUCAUCGAACAAAUGUGACUUCGAGCGGCACGAGGACGACGAGGAGGACGAGGAGAUCGACGUGCAAGACUCCGACCAGGACGUGCCCUCUUCGCCCACCGUCGCCUGGAGGGACCACUGGACGGACCAGCAACCUCUGGAGCUAACCAAACACGACCGCUGAACACCUCUGUCCGGUCGCUAUAGAUUCGAAUUUGUAAUAUUGUAUCGGAACUCGACGGGUUCCUCGACGAUUUCGUGUCCCCCGAAGUGUACCGCGGAAUCAAACAGUGCGAAAGA